UAACACAGCUCUAAAAUGUCUGAAAGAAAAGUGUUAAAUAAAUACUACCCUCCGGACUUCGAUCCGUCGAAGAUCCCGCGCAUGAAACUUGCAAAGAACCGCCAGUACACGGUGCGGCUCAUGGCUCCCUUCAACAUGCGCUGCGCCACCUGCGGGGAGUACAUCUACAAGGGGAAGAAGUUCAAUGCGCGCAAGGAGGAUGUAGAGAACCAGGACUACCUUGGUAUUAGGAUUUACAGGUUUUAUAUCAAGUGCACAAGAUGUCUCCAAGAGAUAUCAUUCAAGACUGACCCUAAGAACACAGACUACGAGAUUGAAGCCGGAGCCACCAGGAACUUCAUGGCACUGAAGCUGGCCGAGGAACAAGCCAAGAAGGAAGAGGAUGAACAGAAAGAGGAGGAGGCCAAUAAUCCCAUGAAACUGCUUGAGAUCCGCACAGAGCAGUCCAAGCAGGAGAUCGAGCUGCUCGAGAGUCUGGAGGAGCUGAAGGAGCUGAACCGGCGCCAGCGGAGCGUGGACUACGAGGGGCUGCUGAGCCAGUACCGCCCAGAGACCAGGGAGGACCGGCUAAAGAGAGAGGCGCAGGAGGAUGAUGACUUUAUUAAACAAAACUAUCGUAACCCUUCAGCCAGCAAGAUAGUUGCAGAAGAAAUAGUGGAAGAGAUUGACGACGACGAAGGACCACCAGCGAAGACCUCUAAAAUAGAAGUCGCAGCUUCUAAGAGCAUUCCUAUAAAGAAAGAGGAAUCUUGGAACAAAAGCAUUGGAGGGCUAUCGAGUAAAUCCUCUUUAGCCAAUCUAGUAAGGACAAAAGGUGCAGUAAAAACGGCCGGUAGCAGUCACACACAGAGUAGCAGUACAGCUGUCAGUUCCACAGAUGAUGUCAAGACUCAGAAUAAUGAUUCAACUGCGGGAAGUGAGAAAAAGCCGUCAGGAUUAUCUCUAUUGGCCGACUAUUCCGGCAGCGACAGUGAUGAUCAGUGAGUGAUUAUUUAAUUUAUUACUGUAAAUAUUACGUAAACUUUUAUUUGUGUGACUGGACUUGAUCAAUAUAGUGAUGUGUGGAUG